AUUAGUUGAAGUUUCUGAGAAUAUGUAUCAGUACGGGAAAGUUGUAAAUAGUAAUUUAGUAAAAUUUGGACAAAACGUGUUAAGAAAUUUUUGAGAUAAAUAAAAAGUGAUUUAAUUUAUAAUAAGUGUUGAAUAAAAGUGAUGCAAAAACAUAAACUAAGUGCCUUAUAAAACAAAAAGCUAUCUUCGCAUUCUAUAACUCAACGCCAUUUUGAGGCAAAAUUUUGUAUUGUAAGUGCCAAGUAUUUUGCAAUAUUUUAGAUUCUUGGACUCAUAGGGGCGUGUUGUUAAUAAUUAUCGACUAAAGUGGACGUGAAACUGUAUCGUGAGUUUAAUGAUCAAUUGAAGCGUACAUAUGUGACAGUGAAGGAGAGUGGAUGCAGAGAUAGCGAGUGGCGCGGAGGAUGGCCCGGAACGGCGGGAGCGUUCUAAUUAACUGACGGACGCUGCCGGCUCACAGCUGGCGCAAGCGAUAAGAAUGCCGCGGCCUGGCAGUCUUAAGGACCCAGACAUUGCGGAACUAUUUAGUAAACAUGAUCCGGAGAAGAUAUUUGAGGACUUGCGUGAAAUUGGCCAUGGCUCAUUUGGUGCAGUCUACUAUGCCCGGUGCAAUCUCACCAAAGAGAUUGUUGCCAUCAAGAAAAUGUCUUACUUAGGGAAACAGAGUGAGGAGAAAUGGCAAGACAUAUUGAAAGAAAUAAAAUUUCUAAAGCAACUGGAACAUCCCAAUACAAUAGAAUACAAGGGCUGCUACAAACGUGAGCACACAGCAUGGCUUGUUAUGGAGUAUUGUGUUGGUUCUGCCUCCGAUAUCAUUGAGGUCUCUCUGCAGGUCCACAAACGUCCGUUGCGUGAAGAGGAAAUAGCUGCUAUAUGUGAGGGCGUGGUCUGCGGCCUGUCUUACUUGCAUAGUCUGGGUAGGAUUCAUCGGGACAUCAAGGCGGGCAAUAUCUUGCUAACGGAGAAUGGAACAGUCAAGUUGGCAGACUUCGGCAGCGCCAGUAUUAAAUGCCCGGCUAACAGCUUCGUUGGAACACCGUACUGGAUGGCUCCGGAGGUCAUUUUGGCUAUGGAUGAAGGACAGUAUGAUGGAAAGGUGGAUGUGUGGUCUCUGGGCAUCACGUGUAUUGAGUUGGCGGAGCGCAAGCCGCCAUACUUCAAUAUGAACGCGAUGUCCGCGCUGUAUCACAUUGCACAGAAUGAUUCUCCAACAUUACAAGCGCCGGAAUGGACGGAUACGUUUCGUUACUUCGUGGAGGCGUGCCUGCAGAAGAACCCCCAGGACCGGCCAUCGUCCACCAAGCUGCUUACUCACCCGUACAUCACGCGGCCGCGCUCACCCAACGUGCUGGUCGACCUCAUCCAGCGCACCAAGGCCGCAGUGCGCGACCUUGACAACCUCAGCUAUAGGAAAAUGAAGAAGAUACUCAUGGUUGAUGCUGAUAAUGAAAGCGCUUUCGGCGACAGUGAGGAAACAGCGGAAGAGCGUUCUGGCGGGGACAGCUCCAAGUCGAACUCGGCGACGUCGGAGCACAGCGUCGCCGGCGCCUCCAGCCAGAGCUCCUCCUCCGGCAGCCUGCGCCGCAGACCGCAUCCCGUCAACAUUGUACAGCACAUUCUCAACGCCAACCAUCAUGGCCAACAUCAACAACAACCCCAGUAUCAGCAGUUCAAUCACCAACACUCCACACAUUCUGCCAGAGGCAAGCACUGGCUUUACUCAUGUUGGUGUUUCGUACGCAGAGAGAGCGAGAGCCCCCUACCGGCGCCGCACGACGACUACGUCAACAGAGACGCGCUACGUGACUACGCGAAUAGAGAUUCUCUAUGCGACGACUAUAGUGAAGACUACGCGAACAGAGAUGCUAUCCGGGAAGCUCAACGUGAGAGGGAGAGGGAGCGGCAGGCUAACGAAUAUAGGGAGUACGUGAAUGCUCCCUCCACCUGGCAGCAGGAUAGCGGGGAUGAUAAUAGAAAUACACAGCGACGUUCUACCAGUAGAGGUGUUAGCAACAAUGUGUCUGUAGCCAUAUCCCUGGUGUCGGAGCACGGUGCCAACAACUUCGCCACGAUACGGACAACCAGCAUUGUCACCAAGCAACAGAAGGAACACAACCAUGAGACACACGAACAGAUGUCCGGUUACAAGCGCAUGCGGCGCGAGCACCAGGCGGCGUUAGUCAAGCUGGAGGAGCGGUGCAAGGCGGACGUUGAGGCGCACAAAGCGCAGCUCGACCGCGAGUACGACGCCCUGCUGCAGCAACUAUCGCGAGACCUCGAGCGACUCCAGACGAAGCACGCUCAAGAGUUGGAACGCAAGCAGAAAUCGAACGCGGCCGCUGAGAAGAAAUUGAUUAAAGAUAUAACGUCGCGGCAGGAACAGGAGCGGAAGUCGUUCGAGGCUCAACGCAAGCGCGAGUACAAGGCCAACAAGGAACGCUGGAAAAAGGAGCUCAGUAUGGAUGACGCAACGCCAAAACGGCAGAGAGACGCCACGCUACAGUCGCAAAAAGAUAACUUGAAGCAAGCAGAGGAAGCGGAGCAGGCGCGGCUGGUGCGGUCGCAACGCGAGUACCUCGAGCUGGAGCUGCGACGCUUCCGUCGUCGUCGCAUGCUCGCAACCCACCACAAGGAACAGGAGCUGCUUAGAGAGGAGCUAAACAAGCGUCAGCAGCAGCUCGAGCAGGCGCACGCGAUGCUGUUGCGUCACCACGAGAAGACGCAGGAGUUGGAGUACAGGCAGCAGAAGGGUGUGCACGCGCUAAGAGAGGAGCAGCUGGCCAAUCAGCACGCGACGGAGUUGGCCAACCAGCGCGACUACAUGCAGCGGCAGGAGCACGACCUGCGCAAGAAGCACGCGCUGCAGCUCAAGCAGCAGCCCAAGAGUCUCAAGCAAAAAGAGAUGCAGAUUCGCAAGCAGUUCCGUGAGACGUGCAAGAUACAGACGCGUCAAUAUAAGGCAUUGAAGGCGCAAAUAUUGCAAAUGACCCCUAAGGAGCAACAGAAGGAAGUAAUCAAGGCCCUGAAGGACGAGAAGCGACGCAAGUUGGUGAAGCUGGGCGAGCAGUACGACCUCAGCAUCACAGAUAUGCUGCAGAAGCAGACCAUUAAGCUCGACGAGAGCCAGAUGAUGGAGUGCCAGCAGAAGAAGAUGCAGCUGGAGCACGAGCUGGAUAUGCUGACUGCGUACCAGAGCAAGAGCAAGAUGCAGGCUGAGGCGCAGCGCAACCGCGAGCGUCGUGAACUCGAGGAGCGGGUAGCCGUGCGUCGCGCGCUGCUCGAACAGAAGAUGGAGUCGGAGUGCGCACAGUUCAUGGCGGAGCGUGCGGAGCGCACGCGGCUGAUGCAUGAGCGUCAUGAGCAGGAGCUCGCGCACUUUGAUAACGAAAGCGCGCGUCUCGGCUUCAGUGCGAUGGCGAUCGCUGAGGGCAGCCGGGAGGGUUACGGCGAGGAGGAGCAGUCGCUGUCGGGCUCCAUGCUGUCCCUUGCCCACAGCAACUCCUCCGCCAGCUUCCCCGCCGGCUCGCUCUAACGCCGAACUAUCAGCCCCCAACACGCACGCUAUGACGUCACCUCUCACCUCAACCACGUGUAACUCGUUUACACGCCGACGAAGUCUUACUGCUACAUUUUAAGUCUCUUAAUGUAGAUUUCUCUGACUAAAUUUAAUUUGCCUUAGUGAUUGUAAAAUGACUGAGUGUGGUAGUGUCAGAUCGUGUUAGACAUUGAUGCAAGUUGCGACAUUAAAUUUUGAUAUUAAUUUAUUACACUUUUGCGUAAUUUUAUGUCUCAGAUAAGAACUCUAUUAUUUCCAAUGGGUACGUCUUGUGAGUAGUGGUCAGGGGGCUGAUAGCGGCAGAUGAUGAGACUGUGCGGCCCUCCCAAUUCUUUGCUUUAUAAAAACAUAUUUACUUUAGGCUUUUUUAUUAUAUUUUUCGUUGUCUUCCAAAAUGUAUGCAAAAAAUGUACGUCAGUAUUUAGCCGAAGGGAGGGGGCGUUUCCUAUACUAAGUUUAAUGCACUCCAAUUAUCUCUUAAAUGAAUAAGUGUGUUUGUAGUAUCUGAGAGUUUACAAACAGUAUAGCUUUAUCAAUAUAACGCUUGAUAAGUUUACUUUGCACACAGGAUAUGUUUGUAUGGACGACACGUGGUGUUGUACAAUGAGUAAAAUGCUUUUUAUUAGGAUUUUCAAGCGCGCAAUCCGCAACGUCGACUUGUCGGCAACAUUAUUAUAAAUAUACAGAUGAUUUGGAUUAAGUUGUAGUGAAAUUUUAAUACUUUUUGUAACUUAAUUAUAAUUGAAAAUAAUACAUCCAAUAUUAAAUAUUAUAAUUUGUAAAAUAAUUACUAUAAAUUUCUUAAAUUCUGUAAAGAUCUUGUUUCAAAUUAUGAUUACUAAUUAAAACUUAUUUUUUUUUUAAAUUACAUAGUUUAUGACGUAUAAGGUCGUCGUUGCGGACUGCAGUAGGCGCUGGUUCAACCUAAAGAAUGUAGUACUCUUGAUCUAUUCUUGUAUUAUAAAGUAGUUGUACCGUAAGUCUAUUGUAACGCCUCGUGGCGGAGGACAAUUAUUUUGUCCAGCAGUGUACACUGUAAGCCACUAGUAAUGCUAUUUUCACACGGAGCACAAUGAGACAGUAUAGUACUGCAGUACUACUAUUGACAACAGUAGUAGUACUGAUAUGUGUACUGCACUACUUUCGUUUUGUCCUCGUGUGAAACUAUCUUUAGCGAGGCGAUGCCGCCUCCCGCGCGCGUCUCGCCGCACUCACCUACGCUAUCUUUUAACAUAAUUUAGAUAGUCAAAAUUCUAAUAUUCAUAUCAUUAGUUUAUUUUAGGAACAAUUUUAUUAUAAGUUUUUGUAACCGUUGCCGGCGGAGUGACGGUGUUUGUUUAUUGGCCUAGUUGCGUUCGUCUGAUUAAUUUGUAAGGGCGCGACGCACGCGACUCGAGCGUCGGCGGCCAUCUUUUUUUAUAUAUAAACGACUAACACGCUUUAUUAAAUUUUACAAGAAUCAGGUGCUGUAAUAUUUUAUAACUUGACUGCCUAUUAUGUUUUGUAAAUAUAAUAAAUUAUAUAUGUUAGGUAUGAGCGAGGCGCGCGCUGCCGCCUGUAUAUAACGAUGCUAAUGUAUAAUUAACAACACAUAGUUUGUUUGGUGAGGUGCGAGCGCGGUGUUUGCUCCUCUCUUUAUUUAGUCUUGUAAUACACUAUCUAUGUUCUACUAGGCUUACCAGUCAUGUAUGUAUAGACGAUUGCAUAUUAUUUAAUUUAACGCCCGAUUUUAGUCAUAAUUAUCCAAAUUUAGUUAAUGCUAUUAUUAAAAAAGGAAUAAUAAUAUUUUUUUUAUUAACCGUACUCUUCCUAUAUCACACUUUAAGCAUCACAUGACGUGAUCAUUUUUUUUGUAUUAUUUGAGUCUGUGUGUGGUUUAAUGUGUAAUUUUAAAAUUUUGUCACGUAAGAUAAUUUAGAUGUAAAAUUAUAUAAAAAAUGUUGACAUAAAAUUUAACAGGUUUUUUUGUGUUGAAGACGGAGCGAGCAUUCGCUUUACAAACGUAGGUUCGAUUGUUCCAUCGAAGAUUUAACCGCGGGCUUCCACUGGCGAAACAAACAUCCCAGUCGUUCUUGAAAAAAAAAUACUUCAACAGAGGUUUCGAAAAUUACUAACACUAUGUUGUCUCUUUUUAUUUAAAGAUAAUGUAAGGGAUGACAAUAUAAAUAUAAAUGUCUUCGUAAUUAAUUCUAGGGUGAUAUAGCAAUAUGUUUCGACAGUGGAAACGGUUAUAAAGUGAAAUGGCGCGAUAUGUUUGAUAUUGUUGAGUAUUAAUUCGAAUCUGGUCCUGCCCUCGACUGACCAAGAAAUUGACAAUAAACAAUACGGUAUGACUUUAGCCGUGUGUUGACAGACGGUAGAUGGCGGGACUGUCGUUAUAUACGACAUAGGAUUGACUUUAUUAUAAGAACAUUUAACAACAGUAACUUUAACAAAUUGGUUACAUUUAAAUCCGUAGUCAAAGUUUAUUUAGAUAAAUCACGCUAGAACAUUUACUGAGGCUUUUCUAUAUAAUUUCCAAGUAUGUGUUUAGUCUCACGUGUAUGUAAUAAAAAUAAUUUAAAGCCAUUUUUACAGAGUUUUGCAAAUCCACCGACUGCUUUGUUUGGUGUUCGGGCUAUGGCACUAAGGAAUUGAAGUGUGCUGUAAUAUAGCUUGCGAAGGUAUUGAAUGCUGCUCCGACAUACACAUAUAAAUUACGGAGUUUAUAUACAGAUGAAUAGUCUGUCUGUUUGUAUCAUUAUCUAUGAUCAUGUCCCCAUGUGUAACUAUAGCCAAGACACCCCUAACUUAGGGUAGAUUCUUAACCCUUCAGAUUUCACCAUGGUAUUUAAUAGACUUUUUUUUUUAAACUUUUAUAACCGUUUAGUUUAGUGCCAUCUUCUAACGAAGGUUUGCGAUCCCUAUAGCAACUUGAACUCUGGAGAUAUCGUGAAAUGUUAAAAUUGUGUCUUAUAGUCGGAAAUUACAAAAACAGUUCUAAACUGGAUGAAUCUAUAAAAUAAAGAUAUGCUUUUUUAAUCUUUGUAUAUGCUCCGUAAUUUGCAAUUUUAAUAAUAACGCUUUGUUUAGUCUAAAUUUUGUAAUUUAUAAAUUCUGUUGAUUUGUAUCUGUGGUUAUUCAUUGCCGAAUCUCUCUGGGCGUCAUUCUUUUCAUACUCCUUGAAGUGCGAUUAAAAAUAUGGGCCUAAACAUACAAAAACUUAGAUUUUGUUUAAAAUUACAUUUUAGGGUAAACAUAUGUCUAAACUUUUAUCGCACGCUGAUUUUUAGAUUACCAGAUAUUUUGAUUAUUGAAAUAUGACAUAUGCUUCGGAAAUGUGACUGUCCGGAAGUAAUUUUGAUGAUACAUAUGUGAGAUAAAAUACUCUUUUAUAACCUCCUUUAUGUAAAAUGUGAAUCAACGGCGGUGAAAGGGUUGAACGUGUUUAACUAUAUAUGUUUUGGAGUAAUACAGAAUUUGUUUUUAUAGAGUCGAUUCGGGAGUGAAAACUCAUUGCCAAACAGAUGUAGUGCCGUAUGAACCGAGUGUUAGAUAGAGAGUAAUUGAUAUACAUAAUUGAUCCAUCUCAC